GCGCCCCCCUCUUCUCUGAACGCUCUGUGGGUAUGUGUGUGUUUGAGGCUGCGUAGGGGGGGUCCGCCUGAUGUCAUUUGGCAGAAGGGGAGGCUGAGCUAGUGGUGGGCACACACGGCUGGGAAGCACAACAAUAACGCCACCGUUUCGCCGCUCACGCUGGGGGCCAUUUAAAUUCACAGUCGGAGGGAAACACGCAGCGUUUGUUGUUUUUCUUCUUUUUUUUUUUAAAAAAGCGUUUCGCAGAAGUCCGGAGCGGGAGAAAAGAGGAGGGCAGCUGGCUGGCUAAUGGGCUGAGAGUACCAGAUGCUAUUCCAGCGGAGAAGGAGAACCGACUCUCUUCAGCGAGACGGGGUGAUGGGCUCCCCCUUUCCCGACGGCUAACCAAACGAACCGACGCCGAAAAGAACGCGGGUUAUCUCGGAGCACCCGGCUCCGCGUCGCCUGGACCUCGCUAGGCGUGACGUUGCGUGUGAAAAUGCCGUCGAGCUGCCCCAGGGCCGCAGCUCGGCUCGUCGAGCCCGAAUCCGGGGAGUAGCUAGCUAGCUGCCCUGCUAGCCGCAGCUGUACCCGAUGCUGCUGCCGCCGCAGCGGCUGCUCCUACGCGGAUCCGUACCGACAGCGCCAAGCAGCCCGGGCCCCCCUCCCUCCCCACCCCAGCGCAGAGCGAGCCUUUGUUCGACCCCCACCGGACCGCAGCGGGGCUUUUGAGAUGUGAUGCUUUUGUGCGUCACGCCGGAGCCGUUUGUAGCUGGAGGCUCGCGCUUGCUGAACGCGGAGGGGCUAAGGUUGCUGCAGAAUGCACGGCAGAGCCGCCGCGGCGGGCUCCUGUUGAAGGGGGCGAGGUUGGACAGAUAACAGCCCCCACCCCGAGUCUCCCUGAGCGGCCGGGCGGGGGGUCACGUUUGGUCAGCCGCCACCACCACCGCACCCCCCCCCCCUCCUCUUCUUCUUGGCCAGGCGACAUGGAUAAACUGACGAUCAUUUCAGGGUGCCUGUUCCUGGCUGCAGACAUCUUUGCAAUAGCCAGCAUUGCGAACCCGGACUGGAUCAACACUGGCGAAUCCACAGGUGCCCUCACAGUCGGUCUUGUCCGGCAGUGUCAGACCAUCCACGGACGAGAGCGGACCUGCAUCCCGCCGCGGCUGCCCCCUGAGUGGGUCACCACGCUCUUCUUCAUCAUCAUGGGCAUCAUAUCCCUCACGGUCACCUGCGGACUGCUAGUUGCGUCGCAUUGGCGUCGAGAAGCCACCAAGUAUGCCCGCUGGAUCGCCUUCACUGGCAUGAUCCUGUUCUGCAUGGCAGCGCUCAUCUUCCCCAUAGGCUUCUACAUCAACGAGGUCGGGGGUCAGCCAUACAAGCUGCCCAACAACACGGUGGUGGGCUCCUCGUACGUGCUCUUCGUCCUCUCCAUCUUCUUCACCAUAGUGGGACUGCUGUUUGCAGGGAAAGUUUGCCUGCCAGGCUGAGGACCCUCCCCUCCCCCCUCUUCCACGCUGGCCUCAGGACUAACCCUGGAGGCUCUGAAAGUAUUAUGGGAUUUCCAAAACUACAGACUGAGAAAUAGAAAAACGACAAACUUUUGCCCUCUUAGCCCGGAACGGGGGAGGACGACGCUUACGUUUCACGGGACUGCAGCACCGACGGAGGACUACUUUUAAGAUGAAUAAAUGAACAAAACACUAAAAGGGGACAUGAGCACAAACAGGGUGGAGGCUGUCGCAGUUCCCUGCAGUUUGCUGCUGAUUUCAGAUACAGCCGUUUCUCUCUCUCUCUCUCUCUCUCUCUGUUGUUCUGAUAGAAAGGGUGCUCAAUGUGCCGCUGUCAUGGCAGCCGCAGCAACAACGAUGGCACACAUCUCUUAAGGACCACUACAACCACUCCUCGACUUGAUUUCCAUCCCUCCCGUCCGCACACAUCUGCUUCGUCACGGCCGCUCCUGUUGCUAUUUAUAGCUUCUCUUUGCCGUUUUCAGUUUUUUUUUUUUUCCUGUACAAUUUGUUCUUAUUUUACACUUCCAGGUCCCACCACCUCUCUUCGCUGAGGUAGCGUCCGUGUUGUCGAGGUUCACUGAACUGAAUCCUUUAAACAGCAUUAAGCGUCUUCGUCUGCCGUACUGCACGGCCCCAGAUGUGCAGCCGAGGAGAGCAGCUGUUUCGGGCCUGCUGUGGAUGAGACGUAGAUGCAGGUGUGCUUCCUCUUCACCUUUAUCCAGGCUUGUAAGGACCUCCCUGGGUACCAGAACAGGAGGUCGAGCUACAUAAAGGAGAAUGCCACUCAGUCCAAGACCGUGCAUAACGUCAUUUCUGCUUACAGCAAAGUAUUAGUUCAGACAUCCCACUUUAACCUGUCACACUCACGCAAACUCAUCUGAUAUUUAUAGCAACAUUUGCAUUCAAACAGCAAAUUUCCCUGAGGUUGUAGAUGGUUGCAGCGGUGAGAUGGACCCCUGUAAUCUUGGCCGUACUGGGAAAAUUAUGGAAACGACACGUAAUGGCUGAUAAAUGGUGGUAUUCUCCUUUUAAUCUUUAACAAUGGGGGGAAAAAAAGAGCCUGGGGAGUUUUUAUUUUUACUUUUUCUUGUUUUGUACAACAGUGAAGGCGCUGGGACUGCAGGUCAGGUCCAUGCAUGGCACUGUGCCUCGUAGUGCUGCUCGAGAGGUCUGUGAACGCCGCUCACACAAACACACACCCUGAAACCCAGUUACCAUCAGACCCAAAAAGUGUCCUCAGACUUACUAAAAAAACUAUCUGACUUGAUCCUUUUGUUGGAUUUUACUUGUUCUUAGUAAUCGGAUUGUAAAUAGGAAAUGCAGACCGUGCUUAGCCAGCAGUGUUCAGACAAGAUAAGCUUUUACACAAAAAAGAAACAGCGCAAAGUAUUAAACGAUAUUAAUCAACAUUAGUAUUUGAUUCUGAAGCAAACAUUUACGUAUUUACAUUAAAAUUCAGUUUCAUUGCCGGGCUUCCCACUAGCUUUAUUUUUAAUGAAGUAACUGGAUCUUAUUCUUAUAAUAUCUUGCUUUAGUUGUGGUCUUCCAUGUGAAUAUUCUUCGGCAAAAUUUCUCAGUAUUUUAAUAAAAGCGGACUGUCACUGUUAAACAAAGGCAAGGCGGCGCAGAUUUAUUUGUAUAACACGUUUCAGUACAAGGACAAUGCAAAGUGAUUUACAUGAUUAAAAUAGGAAAAUGAAAACAGAAUAAAAGC